GCCAUAAAGGUUUUUUCUCUGAGUAGCGCAGUUACUUUGCACACAAAAACAGAAAGAAUGCAGGAAGAAAUAGAAAAAGCCAAAGCUUUUCUGCUAAAAACAAACACGACAUCAAACAAAAAUCUGUAUGACCAUCUAAGUGAGGUGCUAAGCAAAAUCUUAGACGAAAGACCGAAUAACUGCAUUGGUAAGGUGUCAUUUCUCGAAAUUUUUCUCAUUCAUUAUCCUAAUAUUUGUCAGCUACUGGAGACUAACUUCUUUUCGGCUUUCGCUCUCAAGAGCGUGCAUGUAAGCUUACUCUUGAACAAUUUAACAACCAAUAAGAAUGGAACACUAAAACAAAUCAACCAAUCAGAUCUCAAGAAAGACGGUGAUGGUGAAGGAGGCGAACCUGAGACAGAGGAAGAUGUUGAGACUCCUCUUCCUGAUCUCAUGAAUUUAACUUUUUACUUUGAACAAGCUGGAAUUGGACUGAGCCGUGAAGAAAUGUUUAGAGUAUUUCUUGCAUUAAAGCAGCUAGUGGACACUAAGCCAUUACAAAUGGUCCGUUUCUGGGGUAGGAAAAUUAUAGCAUACUACAGUUCAUUUUCAUUUUGUAAUAUCUUGUCUAAGCAUAAUAUUCGGGAAUCAUCGACUCAUAGAAGAUGGGGACAUUGGACCACUCUAAAUUUUGCUGCAGAUCAGGGUGAAGGUGAAGGUGAUGAUCAGGCAAAGGAAGAAGACAAAGGAGAUGAAGAUGAGGAGGGUGGUGAAGAAGAUGAUACUCCCAAACCAGACUGGAAACCUCCACCAGUUAUUCCAAAAGAGGAUAACAGAACUGGCACCAACAAGAGAACUUUCUUUGUUACAACUGAACCUGGUAAACCUUGGGUAAAGCUUCCAGCUGUGACUCCUGCACAAAUAGUAACUGCUAGAUCUAUCAAGAAAUUCUUUACAGGAAGACUGGAUGCUCCAAUCGUAAGUUAUCCACCAUUUCCAGGAAAUGAAAUGAACUAUCUGAGAGCACAGAUUGCACGAAUUUCAGCUGGUGCUCAAAUAAGUCCUGCUGGGUUUUUCAUGUUUGAAGAGGAGGAAGAGGAGGAGGAGGAGGGAGAAGUGCGAGAUUCCUACAUGCUGAAUGUUGAUUUUGAGGGGAUUAGUGUGAGAGAACUUGCUGAUCCAUCACUUCAUAACUGGGCACAUCAUGUACAGCAUGUAUUACCACAGGGUCGCUGUGUUUGGCACAACCCCAUAGAAAAACCAGAAGAUGAUUUUGAAGAAGAAGAAGAGGAAGAAGAAAGAGAAGAUGUAGAGGAACCAAAACCAGAAUCAGGACCACAAUUAUUAACUUCCAUCGCUGAGGAUGAACCUGUAAACGGAAUGCCUGCUUGGACUCCCUAUGUCUCAUCAGAAUUGCUACCUCAGUAUGGCCUUGCUGUCAUGCGUUCCAACAGGUGGCCUGGUGCAGUUGCCUUUGCAAAAGAUAGGAAAUUUGAAAACAUCUAUGUUGGAUGGGGCCACAAAUUUGAUGCUGACAACUACACCCCACCUCCACCCCCUGCAGCCAUGGAGGAGUACCCAGUGGUGUCCGAAGUAACAGAAGUUGAUGACCCAACGGUAGAGGAGGAGAGGGCACUCAAGAAGGCACAGGAAGAAGCUAUGGAGGCAGCUGAAGAUAUGGAUGAUGUAGAUGAUGACGAAGAUGAUGAUGACUAAAACUGAAUUUAUUAAUAGAACUUGUGUAAACACAUCCAAGUGAAGGGUUCUUUUAGUACAUUCUUGUGGAAUGCACAGACCAAUAGCAGUACACAUAAAAUCUGUAUAUAUAACCAACAAUGUAUAUGGUGUCUUCUCUUGCCUUGUAAAAUAAACUUAUGUUUCCAUCUCUA